AUGGCCAAGCGCGCCAUCCGCCAGAAUUCAAACGUGUUCGCUAUGUUUGACCAAAAGCAAAUCGUCGAGCUGAAAGAAGCUUUCUCGCUUAUCGACCACGACACAGACGGCUUCAUUGACCGUGAGGAUCUCAAGGACAUGCUGGCAUCCUUGGGACAGUCGCCUACAGAGGAAUAUAUCGAGGACAUGAUAUCAGAGGCCCCCGGAAGCAUCAACUUCACGAUGUUUCUGACACUUAUGGGUGAAAAACUAUCAGGAACGGAUCCAGAACAUGAGAUUUUACAGGCAUUCGAGUGCUUUGACGAAGGCGGGACAGGCAUGUGCAAUGCAGAAGAGUUACGAGAGUGGAUGACGACCAUGGGAGACCGUUUCACAGACGACGAGGUUGACAUCAUGUUCAAAGGGGCGACAAUCGACAGGGACGGCAACUUUAAUUACAGAGAAUUCGCGCGGGUACUCAAGCAUGGAGAGUAG